UGUGUACACAUAGCAAGCCUCUAUUACAAUAAAUCCACUAUUUGCGUCAUCUCUCUCCUCUUCCUCUCCCUCCCUCUCUCUCUCUCUCUCCAGAUGUUUGUCGAUCGAAUAUUUGCGAGUGUCCCCCGCUAUUUGCAGUCGUUAUUACGUUCCGCGUUACACGUUGACGGAACUGAGGGAACUAUGUGCGUGACGAGGAGGCCGCUCGCACGUCAGUAAAAGCGCAGGAAAGUAUCGCAUCGCCUGAAGUGGACGGGAUCAUCCCAGCGAACACGACGUUUCCCCGAGAUCGUCGAAUUGUGCCAUGAGACAUCGCUUCACGGCCCCGAGGAAGGAGAGCAGCUCAGUUCACUUCGCAGUCCCGUGUUGACAAAUUUCCCUCCCCCACCCCGAGCGAGAUAACCUCGAAGCGAAGGACGGAUUUCGCCGUAGUCCUUUCUGUUCCACACAAUCCAUCUCGAGCAAGAUGUCGAUGGUUGAGGGAGUGGGCGAUGAAGUCACAAAUUUUUUCAUCGCCAUGACCAUACUGUUUGUGGGAUAUCUCGCAUGGUGCUCGACGAGUAUAACGAACCAGCCACUGAUCCGUACUGUACUUAUCUUGCGCGACGCGCCAGCGAAUAUCUUGUCGAUAAGAACCAAUCAGCAGAGCACGAGUAGUCCCAGUACCCAGGACGUUGGCCGGUCCCACAGUUCGGAAACGGACAGAACCAAUUCAGAGGAAGAGGAAACGUUAGCUGUAACUUCAAAUGACAGCGAUAAUGUACAGUCGAACUGUCCAAAUGCAACUGUCGCAGAUACUGCGAGCGAAUUGCCUCAAGGUGUCGCGAGACCAACGGAAUCCACGUCGGAAGAAGUACUUAUUGAAGCAAUGGAUUCGUUCAGCAAUUCCGAUCGGUCGCUGUUACAAAGAACAGCCAAGGCGGAUAGUGACGACAGUGUCGACGGUUCGACGAUAGACCAAACUACUAGCACUACUACGAUUACCGCUAGCACUACUAGUUUGUCAGAGUACACGUCGGAUGAGGCAACUCUGAGCAACAGCAGUGACAUCACCAUAAAACUGAAGUUUAUAAAUGACGAUCAGAAAGUGGUCACGGGUAGCCUCAAAGAGAUGCUGGGUGAUUUUAAAAGGAGGCACUUUCAAAUGGAAUUGGAAGCGCGCAAAGCGGUGCGACUAGUGUUCAACGGCCGCGUGUUGCAGCCCGACACUCAGACCCUCGAGCAGUGCGGCCUGUUCAACGAUUGCGUGGUCCACUGUUGGGUGCAUCAGCCACGGCCGGCCGCCGUACCGGCGUCCACGAUGGACAACUCGUCGUCCAUUUACUUCAAUUCCCAGCCGUUCCCGGAUCUGCCCACCGGCGCGGGGAUAAGCUCGGUGCACAACGACUGGGACCUGAGCCGCCUCCUAGUAAGCCUUCUAACACUUCUCCUGGGUCUCGCGUGGUACUCGCGGUAUCACUACGCUCAACUCUUCACCGCGACGACCACGCUCGCGCUCUACGCGCUGACCGCGAUCUUCACCAUGUCGCUGUUCAGUAACUUCUUUCCCGAUCAGGACAACAUACGGAACGUGGAAUGAUACGACGACGACGACGACGACGAAUACUACUACUACGAUUACUACUGAAGUUUUUUUAAUUUUAAUAAAAAAGCACCUCAAAUACAAAUCGAUGUAAUAUACAUUUUAAACGUAUCACGUGUACUGUAGAUUUAACGGAAUCAAUCGAAUGGUAAACUUCGUCGUCGAGCAUCUUGCUUUUAACGCAACGUCCUCGAGAUCAAGUUUAUCGUUGAUGAUAACGGGCUCAUUGUGCAGUUUGUGAUUUUUCAUCCUUUUUUCUUGAUGUUAUGUUAUCUCAAAGAUACACAAGAUACACCAAUUGCGAUAUUUCUGUUAAUAUACAUUUCUCUCGGAUUGUACAUAAUUAAAUUUCGAAUCGUUACAUACAGGAACCGUGCUAAUUUAUAAAUAAAUAAAUAAAUUCUA